CGAGAUUAUAUUCGAGCUCAAGAGCGCAAGGUACAAAAAGAACGAGAAGCUGAAGGAGACGAAUUCGAAGGAAUGGAAACUUUCAUAACACCAGCUGAUCGUUUUGUAGAAGAGAAGGAUGCAGCUGGAGCGAAAGAUAUAACAUCAUUUUAUAGGAAAUUAUUAGAUCAAACUAGUUCAUCAAAAACUGCAGCCAUAGAAGCAAGUUAUUCUAAGAAGUCAAAGUUAAGAGCAGCUAGUAAAAUG